GCGCGUAUGUGAUUGUGCCACUGCUAAAAAAAAAAAACAAAAAAACAACGAAAAUAUCCGUACCUGUACAUACUAUCCAUUCACGUCCGUUCAUCCAAACAUUAUCAACUGCGACGGUGAAGCCCAGCAACCGAAGAAGAAGAAGAAGAAGAAGAAGAAAGAAGAACUUCGGUAGACGAAAUGGGUUACGCUAUGAGCAGACUGGAGACUGAAUCUGAACUCUGUGAUGAUGGCAAGACCAUUCCUGAGGCUGGUAGCAGCAAGAGAGCCAGCAAUUGGUUGAAUAACUUAGACCAUGAAAUUGCUCAGGUUACGAAGUUGAAAUCUAGUCCGCAUAAACAGCUGGCCGAACUUGUUCCCGGCAUGCAUAAGUCAUCUGUUUCCACUCUUAAGAUGUUGGUUGGUCGAGAAGCUAAUUAUUCAGCAAGGGGAAGAUUCUCUGCAGCUGAUCGUUGUCACAUGCUUAGCAGAUAUUUGCCUGUCAAUGGACCUUGGCUUGUUGACCAGAUGAGUACCCGAGCCUAUGUCUCGCAGUUUUCAGCUGAUGGCUCUCUAUUUGUUGCUGGGUUUCAGGGAAGCUAUAUUAGAAUAUACAAUGUGGAGAAGGGGUGGAAAGUUCAGAAGAACAUUCUUGCCAAAAGUUUGCGUUGGACUGUUACCGAUACAUCUCUUUCCCCAGAUCAGCGCCAUCUCGUUUAUGCAAGCAUGUCACCUAUUGUCCAUAUUGUUGAUGCUGGGUCUGCCGAAACAGAGUCGCUUGCAAACGUUACGGAGUUUCAUGACGGAUUGGACUUUUCUUCUGGUGAUGGGGGCUAUUCUUUUGGAAUCUUCUCUGUGAAAUUUUCCAAUGAUGGGCGAGAACUUGUUGCAGGAAGUAAUGAUGACUCCAUAUAUGUCUACGACCUUGAACAAAAUAAGCUCUCCCUCAGAAUUUUGGCACACACGUCUGAUGUUAACACUGUAUGUUUUGCUGAUGAAAGUGGCCACCUUAUCUUUUCUGGGAGUGAUGAUAAUCUUUGCAAGGUGUGGGAUAGACGCUGCUUUAUUGCAAAAGGGAAGCCAGCUGGAGUCCUAACAGGACACUUAGAAGGCAUAACAUUUAUUGACAGCCAUGGAGAUGGUCGGUAUUUUAUUUCAAAUGGUAAAGAUCAGACUAUCAAACUUUGGGAUAUUCGGAAAAUGGCCCCUAAUGCUACUAGCUAUUCAGGGCUGAGGAAUUAUGAAUGGGACUACAGGUGGAUGGACUACCCAUAUGAGGCAAGAGAUUUGAAACACCCCUGCGAUCAAUCAAUAGCCACAUAUAAAGGUCAUUCGGUUCUGCGCACUCUUAUCCGCUGCUACUUCUCUCCUGUAUAUAGUACUGGCCAGAAGUACAUUUACACUGGAUCUCAUGAUUCUUGUGUUUAUAUUUAUGACUUGGUGACUGGAGAACUAGUUUCAUUACUACAACAUCAUAAAUCACCUGUAAGAGAUUGUAGUUGGCACCCAUAUUAUCCCAUGCUUGUCAGCUCUUCUUGGGACGGAGAUGUUGUAAAAUGGGAGUUUCCUGGCAAUGGAGAAGCUCCAGUCCCUUCAACCAAGAAGAGAAUUCGAAGGAGACAAUUUGAUUGAAAGCACACAAUAACUGCAGUUAAUUCCACCAAUCCAAUUAUAUAUAUAUAUAUUUAGAGAGAGAGAGAGAGAGUAAUGCUAUCUUAGCAAAAACUUUUUCCCAAAUUCACUUCCCAAAAAAUUUCAACCAUCGGAUUUAUGUGAUUAACUAGUGUGAUCGACUUGCAUGAACCCUCACUGGAUGCUUGAAAUCUUUCGGGAAGUGAAAUUUGGAAAGAAUAUUUGAUAAGAUUGGCAUUGUGUAUGAGUGGAUAGCGGAUUUCUUCUUUUUCAUGUUCAAAUUGAUGUAAAUUAGCAUGUAUUAUGAUUUCUUGAUCAUAUUACAUCCACAAUAUUAGAUUGUACAUAAAUAACCCCCAGUGCGGGGGUUUAGAUUUUUGACCCUCAAGCAUUUUAUGAA